UCAGGUUUCAGGCAAAUUGAAGUUUCUUACCUUUCAAGAUUAUCAUCCCAAUGAAAUUGAACUGGAAGUUUAAAUUUUGCUGUUUGAUAGCAGUUGUGUUAGUCACCAGUAUUUUAUAUGAAUUAUGGUUUGUUGGUGGAAAAAAAAAAUUAUUUUACAAGCCAGUAUCUAGACAAAGCAGCAAGGACAUUUUCAGUUUUUCCCUCAGUCAACAACAUGAACUAUACCAAAAAGAUGAUAUGUUUAACAACAUAUUUUUUUCGGCAGAAGAUGUAACUGAUUUCAUUUUACUGAUUUUAAAAAAUGAGAAUGUUAUGGUGACUUUACAAACUUUAUGGGAAAAAUAUUCAAGAGAUAAAGGGAAGUUACUGAAUGACCAGAUUAAAAAUGAGAAAUUUGAGAACAAGGCAAAUAUCAUGCUGAGAGACAUUUUAAACAAGAAGAAUAAGAAUGUAUUUUUGGAUGUUAAUGAAAAGUAUGAGUUUAGUGUUUUAAAUCGCACAUGUCAUAACAUUGAGAGGGAUCUCCAAGGGAGAGGACAGUGCAUUGUAUCACUAGAGGACACACUCUGCUCAGAGAGAAAACUAUCAGACAGAACUAAAGGGAAAAAGCAGAAAAACAGAUCACAGCAGAAAUGGACGGGACAAAAAGAGAAACUUUGUGAUUACAUGCAUAUGAAUUCAAGUACUUUUGUGUAUCUUCCACACUUAAAAAAUCCAUGCUAUGAGGAAUGUGAAAGAGGAUACAAUACUAUAAGAUGCCUUCCAUAUUUCAUGAUUAUUGGUAUGCCAAAAUCAGGAACCACUAGUCUGUACUACCAUCUAGCUCAGCACAAGGAGGUCCUGCCAGGCAAGAAGAAGGAACCAAUGUAUUUCAAUAGAAACUGCUACAGGGGUAUGCAUCUGAAUGACUACACUAUGAAUUUUGAUGAAAUGAAAACCCGUCUAACUGCUGGCAAGCAGGUUUCUUCUUUGAUUACCGGGGAUGGUUCUGCAGAUGUUGCAUUUGAUAGUUGGGACUGGAAAAACUUCCCUGGAAAUGAAGGACUAAAAGAACCAAAAUAUGUCCUUCCAUUUUUUAUACAUAAACUGCUUCCAGGGCUAAAAAUCAUUAUAAUGCUGCGGGAUCCCGUGGAAAGGUUGUAUUCUGACUACUUGUUUGAGGCUCCUAUUGCUCACUAUCUGUUGUCACUAGAAGACUUUCACCAAGCUGUACACAGGGCGGUCAGGAAGCAAGAACUCUGUCAAGCCCAGUUCUCUGUUCGCACAUGUGCAUACAAUUCAUCAUUAGAAAACUACAAGGCAAGGCUGCGAGUAGGUAUGUACUAUGUAUUCCUGAUGGACUGGUUGAAUAUCUAUCCACAGAAUCAAAUUUUAGUGAUUGAUUUUGAUGAAUACACAAAAGACAAAAGAAAAAUUCUCAACGAAGUGGCUGAAUUUUUGGAAUUAAGUAAGUAA